AUGAAUUCUCUCAAACCCGACUCAGGCCUGGCUCGCGCCGCCCGCUACGCUGUUCCCUUCGUGCUGCUGCUGAUCCCCAUUUGGAUGACCAAAGUCAACACCGUCAUUCCAGAACCCUACUUGGAUGAAGUGUUCCAUGUCCCGCAGGCUCAGGCAUAUUGGCAUCAUAAGUGGACGCAUUGGGAUCCCAAGAUCACGACGCCUCCGGGCCUGUAUCUGUGGUCCUAUGUCAUCUGUGCCGGUAUUCUGGCCCUCCGCGGUACUCCGACGGAACUCGACCCCGAAGCUCUGCGCGCAACCAACAUGGCGGCUGGGACUGUGUUCUUGCCCUUGAGACUGCAGAUAUUGCUGGAUACUUUGCGCAAGCAGCGUAACACUCGUCCCGCGGGGGCCUGGCUGAGCCAUACCGUCUUGAACAUAUGUCUCUUCCCGCCGAUCUUCUUUUUCUCCGGCCUCUACUACACCGAUAUCCUCUCGCUGCUGGUGGUGAUCGAAGCCUACAAUUGGGACCUGAAGCGGACGUCGACGACCACGACUGUUCCUUAUCGACAUCUCGUGUUCAUCGUGUUCGCGCUGCUGGCGUUGGCAUUCAGACAGACCAACAUCUUCUGGGUCGCACUUUUCAUGGGCGGGCUGCAGGCGGUGCGAACAGUGAAGAAAUACUCCAGCAAUACCGGUCCAGAGUCGAAAAACGCUUUACAUGAUCCUUUGGUGUCGGAGGCUGCAAUUGGAGACUAUUUCCAAACGGCCUUUUCCCUGAGCUUUGCCGUUCUACGCAAUCUAGGUCGCAUUAUCGUGGCUGCCAUUCCCUAUGUUAUAGUGCUCGCUGCAUUUGGUGGUUUCGUCGUGUGGAAUGAUGGCGUUGCUUUGGGUCAUAAAGAAUUCCACUCUGUAGGGAUACACUUGGCGCAGAUGCUCUACAUUUGGCCUUAUAUUGCGUUCUUCUCGUGGCCAAUUCUUGUUACGCCAAUUCUCAACUUGUUGCUGCCGCAGUCGCGGUUGCCUAAGGUCUUGAAUUAUGGAUUCCCAGAGAAACAGAGGAAGCUGCCCCGAUUCUGGACAGCUCUGGUAAUUGUCCCGGCCAUGCUUGCCGUUGUGCACUUCAACACCAUCGUUCAUCCGUUUACCCUUGCCGACAAUCGCCAUUAUAUGUUCUAUGUCUUUCGCGUGCUCCUCGGAAGCCAUCCUGCCGCCAGAUAUGCUGCCACCGUCGCCUACUUCCUUUGUGGUUGGGCCGUCAUUUCUGCGUUUGGGUUCGUGAUAUACCCAGCACCUCCCCAGUUCAUUCGAGUGCCCACGUCAGCAUCUCCGCAGUUGUCGAAGAAGCAGGGGACUAAGGAAACCGGCCCGAAGCCGAGAGCGGAGCGCAAACAGAAGCCUUCUAAAAAGCCCGCUGCGCCUGCACCCCCUCGGGCACCGCCCAUCAGUCCCGAGGCCUACGCUCAGCUGCAACAACAUAUCAUCCAGCGUCAAAGACAGGAAAACCAGGGGCCGCGAGUGAGCUUUGUACUCGUCUGGCUUGCCGCGACUACUGUUUCUCUGAUUGUGGCUCCUCUCGUUGAGCCUCGGUACGCGAUCAUUCCAUGGGUUAUGUGGAGGCUACAUCUGCCGCCGCUGCCUACGCCGCAAGUGUACCGGCAGCAGCGCCCUCAGAAUGAGAAGGAGGCGCUUCACAAAGAGAUCGCAACUAAUUUCCCUCUCUUCUUGGAGACGCUGUGGUUCCUGGUCGUCAAUGCGGUGACAGGGCCGGCACGGGUUCCUUUCUCGGGCAAGUUCUCUUCGCGUGGUUUCGCAUCCCGUCUUCCUUUCUCUUCUUCCCCCCCGUUCAACUAUCCAGCCAUGGCGCAUGAAGACGCCAACCAGCCCGCCAAAAAAAUAAAACUAUCGUCCUCGAAAUCGGACAUAGACCAGGCGGGCAAUACACCAGCCGCCCCUUCAGUAUCGCGCUUGGCAUCUCUCCACCGACCCAUCAGCCCGCCCUUGCCGUCAUCAUCGUCAUCGUCAUCUCAAACGCCAUACCCCAACCAGCCGCCCAAGUCAAAUCCAACCGCAUCUAAACCAAAGAUAGUAUCAUCGCCAUUCCAGCUCACCCAUAUCCACGACCUGGGGUCGUCUUCCGCUAACAAUGUCGACACUGUCCGGUUGCACGAUCUCCUCGGGGAUCCUAUGAUCCGCGAAUGCUGGCAGUUCAAUUACCUGUUCGAUGUCGAUUUCCUGAUGCGCCAAUUUGAUGAGGAUGUGAGAGCCCUUGUCGAUGUGAAGGUCGUGCAUGGUUCGUGGAAGAGGGAGGCGCCGAAUCGAGUGCGCGUUGAUGAAGCAUGCUCGCGAUAUCCUAAUGUCGAGCCUAUCGUGGCGUACAUGCCCGAGGCGUUUGGGACGCAUCAUUCCAAAAUGAUGAUCUUGUUGAGACAUGAUGAUCUUGCUCAAGUAAUCAUCCACACGGCCAACAUGAUCCCCGGAGACUGGGAGAACAUGUGUCAGGCCGUCUGGCGCUCUCCUCUUCUUCCGCUGCGGAAGCAGACACAAACCGCAGCCGAGGAGGCAUCGACGACCCCGGGCACCGGAUCCCGCUUCAAGCGCGACCUGCUCGCCUAUCUGCGUGAGUACGGGCCGAAGAAGACAGGUCGUCUGGUGGACCAGCUUCGCAGAUAUGACUUUGGCUCUGUGCGAGCAGCGUUGGUGGCGAGUGUCCCGUCGAAGCAGAAAUCCGGGGGAUUGAAUUCUACCAGGAAGACGGUUUGGGGAUGGCCGGCGUUGAAGGAUGUCUUGGGGAGUGUGCCGAUUCAGACGAAAGAGGAUCCGAAUAAGAUGCCGCAUGUUGUUUGUCAGAUGUCUUCUGUCGCCUCCCUCGGACAAACAGACAAAUGGUUAAAAGAUGUUUUCUUCCGAUCCCUAUCCCCAACAGAUUACAACGGAACAGGAGACAAGAGCAGAAAGCCCAAAUACUCCAUCAUCUUCCCCACUGCCGACGAGAUCCGUCGCUCUCUGAACGGAUACGGAUCCGGCGGCUCCAUCCACAUGAAAAUUCAGAGUGCCGCGCAGCAGAAGCAGCUGCAGUACAUGCAGCCGUACCUGCGACAUUGGGCCGGAGAUGCUGCCCCAGUCUACUCGACUGCCGCACGAGAACGAGAACGAGAUGCAGGCCGUCGGCGCGCAGCGCCACAUAUUAAGACUUACAUUCGGUUCUCGUGUACAGAAGAGAUGAACUCGAUUGAUUGGGCGAUGCUGACCUCGGCAAAUCUCUCGACGCAGGCAUGGGGCGCCGGUGUCAAUGCCAACGAUGAGGUACGCAUAUGUAGCUGGGAGAUUGGGGUUGUUGUCUGGCCAGACUUGUUUGCCGACGAUGCAGACCGAGCAAACGGAUCGGUGAUGAUACCAUGCUUCAAGACAGACGUCCCUGAAGGCAGAGGGGAGGAGUCCGUCAGAGUAGGACUCCGGAUGCCCUACGGGCUGCCCCUGGUCGAUUACGCAGUCGACGAGAAACCCUGGUGCGCGACGGCCAGUCACAGUGAGCCGGACUGGAUGGGCCAGACGUGGAUGGAAGAUCCUCAGUAG